UCCGAAACAGAAACCAGUGUCAGACUUUGUAGAGAAUGGAUGCCCUCACACACAUGCUUACAGACGCUCUUGAUCCUAAAGAAGAAAACGAUGGACAAAUCACAGAGGAAUGCAUGUUGGGGAACUGCAGAGUGAACCUUCCAGAGGACCUACUUGAGGACCCUGAAAUUUUCUUCUCUGUGAUGAGCGAAAGCACCUGGAGUGAAGUACUGACAGAUUCCCAGAGGCAGCACCUUCGUCAGUUUUUGCCACAGUUUCCUGACAACAAUGUUGUGGAGCAGGACAACUCCCUCGGUGACCUAUUCAACAACAAAAAUUUUAACUUUGGAAAUCCCCUUCAUCUUGCACAAAAACUAUUCAGAGAUGGUUACUUCAAUCCUGAGGUGGUCAAGUACAGACAAUUGUGUGCCAAGUCCCAGAGAAAGCGACAGUUGUACUCCCUUCAGCAGUAUUACCACAGACUGUUGAAGCAGAUCCUCGUCUCCAGAAAGGAGCUGCUGGAGUUUGCUGUUCAUAAUGGUCUGGACUUUCCACCUAAAAGAAAGGUACCAAAUAAGUCUCAUGCUGAAAUGCGGGAGCCAAGGGUGAGAAGAAGAUUGAGCCGCAUAUUAAAGGAGGUCAAAACUGAGUGUGGAGACAGCAAUGCCUCUUCUGAUGAUGAUGACAUAUCAACAUGGACUCCAGCACCACAAUCACCGUCCUCUCCGACACCCACUGUCGCGCUCAGAGUUCUUCCCAGCCUCUCCACCCAAGACAUGAAGACUACUGAAAAAAUAGAACUAGGUGAGCGGGACUUGAAAGCCAUGCUGCAUAAUCAUCGCGAGAAGAGGAAGCGACAGCCAGACCAUCCCGACCUGACGACCUCUGAUAUCCACCUUGGAGACAUACUUUCAAGAGCAAAUUUUGGUCGAAAGGGGACAAUGUCACUCUUUGAUCUGUCUUUGCCAAAGAAGAAAAUGAGAGAUGAGAGAAGGAAGAAGAAAAUGAGGACAAUAAAAGUGGAAUCUGAGGAUCCUUUUGAAACUCUUGCACCUGCAGACAACCCCUCCGCUCCACCAGCGAACAUCAUCAACUCCUUGCCAGACACACCAUCUACUCCACUGCCCAACAUCAAGGAAGAAAUUGUGGAGGAGUGUCAGAGCAGCCCGGUUACAGUUGAGGAAAUAGCUGUCAGUUUCUUCAGCUUGUUGGAGAGCAUCUUAAGGACAGAAAACCUUGCCAGUACUUCAAUGUUGGAGGAGAAAGUUCAAAUGUGGCAGUCCUCUCCAGCCAGUGCCCUCAACGGGUGGUUUUCAUCUGCCUCCUGUUGGUCUGACUUGGUUCUUCAAGCCCUGCAGUUUCUUGCAGGAGAGACUAAAGAUGGCAUGAUGGCACUCCCCAGUGGCUUUUCUCCAUUUGUGGAAUUUGCUGAUGACUCUCAGCAGUGGAGGUGGAUUGGUCCCACUCAGGAUACAGAGAAAGAUCUCAGUGCACUCUGUCAGCUGUGGCUGGACUCCAAAGAUUUAGUUGUCAAGACAGAAAAUGAAGACAUGCUAGAGAUGACCUCUCCCACACCAAGAGUUUCGACUGAUUAUGUGGUGCGGCCCAGCACUGGAGAUGAAAGACAAGUGUUUCAAGUCCAGGAACAGCAGCGAUACAACCAGCCACAUAAAGCCUUCACCUUUAGGAUGCAUGGCUUUGAAUCUGUGGUGGGACCUGUUAAAGGAGUGUUUGAUAAGGAGAUGUCUCUCAACAAAGCCAGGGAGCACACACUGCUCCGCUCAGACCGGCCACCAUAUGUCACCAUUCUCUCUCUGGUGCGGGAUGCAGCAGCCAGGUUACCCAAUGGAGAGGGAACAAGGGCAGAGAUCUGUGAACUGUUGAAAGACUCACAGUUUCUUGCUCCAGAUGUCACUAGUGCUCAGGUGAACACAGUUGUCAGUGGGGCUCUGGAUAGACUUCACUAUGAGAAAGAUCCCUGUGUAAAGUAUGACAUUGGCCGCAAACUGUGGAUUUACCUGCACCGCCAUCGCAGUCAAGAGGAGUUUGAGAGGAUCCACCAGGCUCAAGCUGCGGCUGCAAAAGCAAGAAAAGCUCUACAGCAGAAACCUAAACCAACAUCUAAGCCUAAGUCUGGAAGUAAAGACGGAGGCAGUAAAACCCCUGGAUGUCUGGAGGCAGGACAGGAUAUAGGCUCCAACCCCAUGUCGCCAACCCCUACAACACCCACACCAAACACACCUGGAACCCCUAAGUCACCCUUACCCUGCGCAGCCACCACGCCAACAAAAACUGGAGUCCCAGAUACAAUGAAAUCCAGCCCAGGUGUUCUUCUUGUGUCCCCUCCAUCUUUGCCCCAGCUGGGGACCAUCUUACCCACCAGUCAGGCUGGUCCACCAGCCUCACAGCCAGUCACGUCCCAGCAUGCGGCUCGGAUAGUGAGUCACCUCGCGGCAGGCGCCCUCCCUCAGGUGCGAGUAGUGUCUGCUCAGGCUGGUCUGGGCUCUUCAGCAGGAAAUCAGCAGGCUACACUGGUGCAUCAGACCCCUCACCAGAUCAGGAUGCCAGUGUCAGUGGCAGCCAAGGGCAUUUCACAGACAGUGGUUUCUGUGCCUCUGAGGAGUCAGUCUGCUAGCAGUCCAGUUCAGGUGCCGACAACUCUGUCUGUGUCUGCUGUAACUGUGGCCAAACCUCCAACUGGAUCACCUGGUAGCCCGGCUAACAACCCUGCUUCUCCUGCUGUGCUGCAAGGAGUUGCCAGCCCGAACAUCAAACAGGUGUCCAUCACAGGACAACUGGGAAUGAAGACUCCAGGAGGAGCAGGAAUUCCAAUAACAGCUACAAACCUUCGCAUUCAGGGUAAAGAUGUCCUACGUCUUCCACCAUCUUCCAUCACCACAGACGCUAAAGGCCAGACGGUGCUGAGAAUUACCCCAGACAUGAUGGCAACUCUUGCCAAAUCCCCAGUCGCAACUGUCAAACUCACUCCUGACUUUCUGGGCACUGCCACCUCAGGCAGCAAGAGCAUAUCAGCCACUCUCCAUGUGACGCCGCCCCAUCAUUCACCUUCCUCCGCCACAAGUGCUACAUCCUGCACUGGUGACGUACAGACCACUAAAGCAGGCCCCGUUGCCUCCACCUUGUUGAAGGCUGCAGGAGACACAGCCAUACGUCUGAUGCCAACAUUGGCUGUCACGACUGACCAAAAAUCUAGGACCUUCUCCACCGUGACCUCCCCUGACAAGAGUGGCGCCACCAUUCGGAUAAUGCCAGGUCUUGGUGUAAUUCCACAGAAACAGGGUCAGACCAUCACGAUGACAACCACCACUGGCAGUAAACCACUCACAGCGACUUCAUGUGCUAAUGUAGUGACCAUGGCUGCCAGUGUUGUAGCUGGUGCUAAAGGGAUCACAGUGGCUCCUGGAGCCUCGGGCUCACCCUUGACGCUAGGAACAGCUACAGCUACUGUGCGACAGGUCCCUGCUACAGUGGUUACUACACAAACGGGGAAGUUACCUGCACGGAUCACUGUGCCCCUCUCGGUCCUAAAUCAACCACUGAAGAGCAAGAGUGUAGUGACCACACCAAUUGUGAAGGGAAGUCUCAAUGCAAAUAUCAGCAGCCUGGGCAGGAACAUUAUCCUGACCACUAUGCCUGCUGGCACGAAGCUGAUCGCAGGGAACAAACCAGUCAGCUUUGUGACAGCACAACAGUUUCAGCAGCUUCAGCAGCAAGGACAGGCCACGCAGGUCCGCAUCCAGACGGUUCAGGCACAGCAGCUCCAGCAGCACAUGGCAACAGGUUCUCCCAAAUCUGUCUCCACAGUUGUAGUCACAACAGCACCUUCACCCAAAUGUGCUCCCGAUCCCCCGCCUGCACCUCAACAGUGAUCCCAUUUCGUCAGCC